GGGAAGCCGGGACUGUCCUCGUGCCGGCCACUGCUGAUGAGGUUUUGUCUCUGGCAGGAUCAGGGUCGGACCUGGAGGAGAGUGGGAAGAGCAGCGGCAAGAAACUGGACGCCAUGACCCUGAUUAAGGAAGACAUGAACAUCUUUGGCCACUGCCCGGCGCAUGACGAAUUUUACCUGGUGGUUUGCAACCACUGCAGCCAGGUGGUGAAGCCCCAGGCCUUCCAGAAGCACUGCGAACGCCGCCACGGCCCCCUCAGCAAGCUGUAUGCCCGCGCCGCCGCCGCCAAGUGCCACGUCGCCGUCAACGGGCAGCUGGCAGCCGGCGGGACCCCCGGUGCGGCCAAGGUGCUGCGGGAGAAGCCCCCAGGUGCUCGUGGGCGAGUCCAGCCCCUGCCCGAGCGGCCGGACAAGGACAACAACCUCUGCUUGUUCGUGCCCGUGGUCAAUCUGGAGAAGAUCCCCAGCAUCCCCAAACCGGAUGGGCACGGGAUCAAGGUGCCCCCCAAAGCCGUACCCACCAACUCCAAGGAACCCCUGGGGAAACCCGCCACCGCCGCGGUGCCGAAAGAGCCCCCGGUGUCGGCCGGGGUCGGGGGGGAUUCGGUGAUGCCUGCCGACGGCCCCGGGUGCAAACCGGAGAGCGCGCCCGCCCCGGGGGAGAAGGAUGCGGGCGCCUCCAAGCCGCCCCCCAGGUCCCACAAGAAGCUGGCGCGCAAGGAGUGCGACCUGAACAGGCAGUGCGGCGUUCUCAACCCCGACACCAAGAAGAUCUGCACCCGCUUGCUGACCUGCAAGAUCCACUCAGUUCACCAACGCCGCGAGGUGCAGGGUCGGGCCAAGGACUUUGACGUGCUGGUGGCCGAGCUGAAGGCCAGCUCCCGCAAGGGCGAGUCCCCGAAGGAGAGGAGCCCCCCCGGGAAGGAACCGCUGCCCCCCUCCCAGCAGGACCCCUCCUCGCUGCCACAGCUCCCCGCCGGCCCCCCCAGCACCUCUCCCUGCCGAGCCAAGCCACCCCACUCCCACUGCCCGCUCCCCAGGGCCCGGCUUUCCUCCGACAGCGACCCCGAGGACACGCCGGCUGCCUCCGGGGAAGGGGGCACGGGGGUGUUCCCUUUCCCCCUGCCCAAGGCGGGCAGCCGGGUGUCGAGCGAGGAGAGCGAGGAAGAGGGGGGCGAGGAGCCCCCCCGCCCCCCCACGCGCCCCCCACGACCCCAGGCGUUCUGCACCUUUGGGAGCCGCCUGGUCAGCCCGGGCUGUUACGUCUUCAACCGGCGGCUCGACCGCUUCUGCUCGGCGCUGGGCUCCAUGCUGGAGCGGCACCUCAGCUCCCACAUGUGGAGGAAGAUCCCUCCGGGCCGGGUCCCUGCCAGCCUCAACUACACGGUGGGGUCCCCCCACGCGGCGGCCGCCUGCAGCCAGCCGGAGUGCGGGGGGGGCGGCAGUCAGUCCAUCACCUCCCCGCUGCCGGCCAACAUCCCCUCACCCUCCUUCAGCAAGUUGCCUUCCACCAAGGCCAGCAAAUCUUCCCGAGCCCGGGAAGCAGUCGGCGGGACGGAUCCGGAUACCCGCAAACGGAAGCCCCCUCUGGCCGCCGGUGGCCCCCCCUAUAAACGGACCUGUUUGGGGGACGGGGUCAAAAGCAAAAACACCGGCUGCCAGGUUUCGGCCCCCCCCGGCAAGACGAAACCCACCCCUCCGGGUUGCCCGGCUUCUUCCUCCACCGCUGUCCUCAAUGGUGCAACGCGGGUGAAACGGCUCGCCCCCCCGGACUGCCGCGGCCCCCCCAGUGCCGCUGCCGUGGACCCCCGAAGCUCGCCACUGCAUGGACCGGGGUUGCCACUGCCCCCCCGUUGUAUCUCCGAGGACGAGGUCAAGAAGCGCAAGAACGCGGCCACGUACUGCCGGCCUGUCAAACCCAAGCCUGCGCCCCCCCUGCCCGGCCCACUGCCACCCCCAGGCUCGGCCCCCCCCGACUCGGGCGGCUCUGUCCGCAGGAAGAAGCCGGGGACCCCCCUGGGCUUCGAGGAGAAGCGGAGCGCCCUGAAGUCUAAAGCCCAUUAA